AAUUGAAAAUUUUGCCUGAAGUGUAUUGCCUUCGCCGGCAUUGAUGUAACUCAGCGUUGGCCCACUGGGUAUAAGGCCGUAAUCUGGUAUGAGCAGUACACGGUCCGUUAUUCAAAACGGUCGAUCAUCUCCAUCAUGACCACCGACCCAAAUGAAGAUUGGGUGAUUUAUCGGGAUGUUCUAGAACCGGACCGGUUUAAUCAGCUUGUGGCGGGGGCGGUGAAAGAUAUAGCAAAACGGGCUGCGAAUGCUCUGGCAGGGGCUAAGAAGUUUGCGACCAAAGAAGUGAAAUUUAACGAGUUUCGAGACGUGUAUAACCUCGCACAGUGCAUGCCAGAUAUGUCCGGCGAAGAAUGCAACAGAUGCCUUCAGUUUGCAAUCGGAGGCUCACCGUAAUGUUGCAGCGGAGAAGAGACAGGAUUUGCGUUGUACCCAAGUUGUAUUCUUAGAUAUCAAAUUACCCCCUUUUAUUGCCAAACCGAAGCUGCAGCACUGCUGUCUGGGCCGCCUACUCGACCUCCUGUAAAUCCUCCAUCUCCAGGUCAGGCUAUUAAGAAAAAAAAACUGAAUUC